AUGCAAGUCUCCUGCUUUGGCUCUGGCUGUGGCCGACCGGCGCGGGGGCAGCGGGAUGCAACAAACAGGUCAAUCCCGGAUGUCUGUGCCACUUGCCAUAUUCAUGCCACAUGUCACCAAAAAGAAGGCAAAAAUGUCUGCAUCUGUAACUAUGGAUUUGUGGGUAAUGGCAGGACUUAUUGUCAAGAUAAAGACGAGUGCCAGAUUGGAGCCAGCAAGAUCUGUGGAGAGUAUACAUCAUGUCAUAAUACUUAUGGAAGUUUUUUUUGUGUUUGUCUGGAUGGGUACCGUCCCUCUAACAACAACAGGACAUUUAUUCCCAAUGACGGCACAUACUGUACAGAUAUAGAUGAAUGUGAAGUGUCGGGCCUCUGUGGCCAUGCAGGUCAGUGUGUGAACACCUUUGGAAGUUACAAGUGCAACUGCAUAGAAGGUUACAGACCAGAAAAUGGAACAGAAUAUUUUAAUUCAUCUAAGAUUUCAUGCAGACCUGUAGAUUGUGGGGUUCCACCUUCUAUCCAAAAAGCGUAUUCAGCACCUCUGAGUAGGACCACCUAUAGAAGUGAAGUUGUCUAUAUUUGCAUGGAUGGUUAUGUGAUGGAAAAUGGUAAUCAGACAGCAGUUUGCAGUGCCACGGGGCAGUGGGAAGGUGCUGAUUUGGUGUGCAAAGAAAUAGACUGUGGCAGACCUUUUUGGAUUCCACAUACAGAAAUGAUCUGGGACAAAUCCACAGCUCUGGGGAGCAGGGUGUACUAUAGAUGUAUAGAAGGGUAUUACUUUAAUGGAGACAGACAUUUUUCAGAAUGCACAAUAAGUCAAAAAUGGGAAAAUAUCACAGGUGUAUGCAAAGUGAAGACAGCCAUCAGCAAUGUUUCUGUAUUUAACCAAACCUGUGUCAGGUGGGAAAGGAGCCCUAGAGAAGGUGGUCUGAAGGUGGUAUAUCUGUUUCACAUCCAAGGGCACAGAUGGCAUCAGAAGGAAAUCUUCCAUGAAAGAUUGUUUAAUUUCACUGCAGCUGAAGAGGCUCCAGAGACGUGUCUAGAUUUACCUGUGGGCACGAACUAUACAGUAAACAUUGCCAUAGUAUUUCCUGAGCCCUCGGUACCAGUUACUGUCAUGAUUCACACAGCUGAAGAGGACAGAUUCAGCAAUGUUUCAGUAUUUAAUGGUACCUGUUUGAAAUGGAGGAGACAUUUUGGAAGAGCUGGGGUGGAGGAAACCUACCUAUUUCACAUACAGGGUCGACAGGGGUACUUGGAGGAAUUCUCCCAUGAAGUGAUGAUUAACUUCACGACAGAGAAAGAGAACCCAGAGGUGUGUUUGCCUCUACACCUGGGUAGUAACUACACUAUCAGUAUCACUGAGGGAUCUACCAAGUUUGUUUUACAAAUCCCCAUAAUACCUCCAGUAGCUGAAGAGGAAUUGCUCAGCAAUGUAUCAAUAUUUAAUGGGACCUGCGUGAAAUGGCAGAGAAAAGCUUCAAGAGCCAAGGUAGAAGAAACAUACACUUUUCGUGUGUUGGGACAAAGAUGGUUUCAGAAGGAAUUUUCACAUGAAAUGACAUUUGACUUUACUACAGCUGAAGCUAAUCCAGAGGUGUGUUUAGAUCUGAAUUCUGGCACUAACUACAUUGUGAAUAUUACUACAGCAUCCUCAACAGAGAUCUCUGCCUUAAUUACAAUAGCAGUUCAAGCAGAGGUAAAGGAAGUCUUCAGUGAUAUGCUGAUUUUUAAUGACACCUGCUUGAAAUGGAGGCGAAACAUAAAGAGAACUGAUAUAGAAGAGAGAUAUUUAUUUCACAUACGAGGCCGACGCUGGUAUCAGCAGGAAUUCUUUCAUGAAAUGACCUUUAACCUCACCACGUACAAGCUAACUCCAGAAAUUUGUCUGGAUUUACAGCCUGGCACUAAUUACUCUGUGAAUAUUUCCAUCACAGCUUUGGAUCUUUCUGUGCUAGUUUCAAUGACAACUGAAAUUACUGAUCCUCUCUUCCCAGAAGUAAAACUCGUGACUCUGCAAAGCCCUGCACCGUUGCUCAGACUAUGGAAAGUGGAUGAUAGAAAUGGGCCUGUCAGUUUUUACCAAGUGAUUGUACUUCCCUCAGACUUGCAAAGCCGAUUUAUUUGCAAUUCCCUUGCUGCUGCAACAUUCUUUAGCAAUGCCACCGACACUGCAGGGUAUGUGGCAGCUGAAUUUCUGGCCAAGGAUGUUGCUGACAACAUGUCAAUCACUCUUGGAGACAGGCAUUAUUAUGGGAAGUUUUAUAAUGCUCCUUUAAAACGUGGAAGAGAUUAUUGCAUUGUAUUGAGAAUUAUAAGCGAAUGGAAUAAGGUGAAGACACAAUCCUGUGCAGUUUGGGCACAAAUUAAAAAUAUAUCACCCACUCUAGAGCCCUUGACUGCUGUUGGACUAGGGUCAGUUGCUUCUGUUUGUUUUAUACUGUUCCUGUCCUUCUCAGCAGCACGCUUUUUUCUCUACAGAACAGUACCCGUACCUCCAACUACACUGGCCAUAGGGGUGUCUUCCUAUGAGACUGUACGUUUAUCCAGUACCCAGGAAACAGAAAGGGGUGGGGAUCAUCUCAUCUUUCAUAGAGACUGACAGUGCAUCCCUUCUCAAAUGCCUUUUUCCCCCAGCGUAGGUAACUUUGGGGGGGGGCAUGGAGGGGGACCAUGCCCUGCCUGAGAUUGGUUGUCACCGCCGCUGGCUUCUGCGGGCAGUCACCACUUGCCAUCACCCCUUCCCCCCACUACCACCGCUGCUGGCUUGUGUGGGCAGUUGCCACUUGCCGCCGGCAGCUUCUGCCGGUGGUUGCCAGUUGCCACUUGCAAACACACACCCCCACCGCUGCCGGCUUCUGCAGGCGGUCACUGCUUGCCGCCCCACCACUGACACUGCCGACACUGCUGCCCACAAAUGGUGUCCCCCCGGUCUCGGGAGGCACCAGUUGUUCAUGUCCCCAGUACCCUCUGAAACUAAAAUCCAUGUCAGUACAGUAUUGGUGUAUCUGUACAUCCUACAUGCAUCUUUGUAUGAUACUGAAAGUUAAAAGCCUGUACCCUCCUUCAUUUUCAAGUGUGCUGGAGGUAAUGUAUAACUUCCCCAAACUGUAUAUGUUAGAAGGAGCCCCCAGGUCAUUAACAAUGCCUCUGAUGCAUUGGGCAACAGCUUUUCAUUGCUCUAGAAAUGUGGAGUCCUGGUAUCACAGAACAUCUUGCAUAUCAUUGCUGUUACCCAUACAGUAAGUUACUGUUAUCCCUUGGUUGCACUGCAGUAAUUCCCUCUGAUGAGAGAGCAGCGCUGCCUUUUCCUGGUAAAUUAAAACCCAGGAGCCACUUUUGCAUGUCCAGCAGCUACAAAGGUAGAAAGCUUAAUCAAUUAAGAGUAAUGAUAUCUUUAGUAAUAACUGGGAAGGUGUUACAGUUUAGUCACACAUUGCACUUAAAGAAGUGUUUCCAAACAGAUUUGUUCAAGUUGCUACGAUUAUUGCUAAUAACAAUUAGCAAUUACUGGUAACAAUGCAGAAAUAAUGUGUAGAUCUAUAAAACCGCAGUUUGCUAAACAACUGUGUAGCAUUAAUGGGUUGUGAAAUUCUUUUAAUAAGGGGCUACAUGCUUUUAAUUGCAAUCUACUUAAUCUCUGUAUCAUAAUUACAGUUGUGGAAAAUCAUAAAAAUCAUAUGUUGCUUAAUGAGUCUGUGUGUGUAACAUCUGGUUAAAAUCACCCAGUAUGGAUACAAUUAGCUGAUUUGCUGUGGUCCAUUCAGGGUUAGCAAAUUAAAUUUUUCCACAUAUUCCCCAAGUGCCUUUGCUAUGCUCCGAGUCCCUGUUCAGAAGUAAUUGUUUCAGAAUCAGAACAUCAGCAAAAAUAAUUAUUGUAAUUGUCAAAAUAAAGAAAAACCUGUUUGUUUUUCAAUGCUUUGGCUUGCUUU